CGCACAUCAUCUCAGCACAUAACGACCUCGUUCUCCCGCAAACACCCACCCUCAGCUUAUACCGACAGCUUCACUCCCACCAUGACCACAAACCAGCACAGCGCCCACCUGCGACGAUGGCUGCUCUCUCUCCCACCUGUAGAAUGGGGAAUCCAACAGCUGCGAGAGCUGCUCAUUGGCAGCCUCAAAUGCGGACCUAUACCAGAACACGUUGCAUUCGUCAUGGAUGGCAAUCGGAGAUGGGCACGACAAAGCAAAGUUGAGACCAUAGAGGGGCACAACAUGGGAUUUGAAGCGUUGGCGCGGAUCCUAGAAGUCUGUUACAAAAGCGGCGUGCGCGUGGUCACCAUCUACGCCUUCAGCAUCGAAAACUUUAAACGCAGCAAGUACGAAGUGGAUGCGCUGAUGGACAUGGCUAAGACAAAAUUGGUACAGCUGAGCCAGCACGGAGCGUUGCUGGAUCGCUAUGGCGCGAGUGUGAGGGUAUUGGGCGACAAGAGCUUGAUGAGGGAGGAUGUGCAGAUACAGAUUGAUCGUGCAGUGGAGAUGACCAAGCAUAAUGACAGUGCCGUGCUCAAUGUAUGCUUCCCGUAUACUGGACGCGAGGAGAUUACGCAUAGCGUUAGACAGACCGUUCAGGACUUCAAUACACCACCGAAUCGGCCUCCACUCAAGAGACCAUUCAGCGAAACGCACAUUCAGAGGAACAUUCUCAGCCGAAAUCUGCCUGAUGUCGAGGAGGAAGAAGCCAGCAGGGGCGUACCAACUGCGCCGUCUGACGAUGCGGAUUCAGUUUCCACGCAGGAUCUGGAUGCUUCAUCGCACAUGGAUCCAGCCUCAUCACAGACAUCCAACUCCACCUCACCCGUCAUCAAGGCCACCGCAAGAAAGGCUGUCAAUUUGCCGGAUCCUGAGAACAUUACCGCCGACACUUUGACCAAGAACAUGUAUACAUACGACGCACCUCCGUUGGAUCUACUGAUACGGACAUCUGGAGUGGCGCGUUUAUCAGAUUUCAUGCUGUGGCAAGUGCAUGAAAAUACUGAGAUCAAGUUCUUGGACAUCUUGUGGCCAGACUUUGAUCUGUGGCAUUUCCUGCCUGUAUUAGUAGAGUGGCAGUGGCGUCAGAAGAAACUCGCCGAGGGCGGCAAGCUAGUGAAGACUGCCUAGAUGCUUAAGGUACAUGAGAGGAUAGUGAAUAGAUAAUGACUACAACAGAACUGGUACCGAUAGAUCUUAUCAUGAUUCUGCAGCGUUCUGUGAGAGCUUACCUUAUUAAUACAUGU